AUUUUUUUCGAAUUUUGAAUCACGCGACGAACAAUGUUUUGGCUUGAUGGGGUUCUGUGCAAAACACCGAAGUUUCCAAACAAAAGAAAAAGAAGACAACCAUGGCAGACCCUACUAGUACCAGUAGCAGCUCCAAGAAUAAUCUUAAUGACGCCACCAACACUCCAGAGGACCUGGUGACGGUCUGUCCCGACGGCCACAGCUGUGAAAAUGGUUCCCUGUGUAUCGAGAAUGCGUUGAAGGAAGGUCAAUACUUUUGUGAUUGUGACGAAGGUGAACUGGCCGGUUUCAAAGUGUUCACCGGACUCUAUUGCCAACAUGAAGCCACUGUGUUUUGUACACUCACGGGAGAGCUAUCUACCGUAGGAUUUUGUGCCAAUGGAGGAACAUGUAUGGGAUUCUUGGAGGAUAAUGGCGACAACCACGUGGGUUGUGAAUGUUCCAAGGGUUACACUGGGCAGCACUGCCAAUUCGUCGAAGGCUCCGAACCAACCGAAGGUUAUUAUCCUCUCGACCAAAACUCCAACAACAUCCAGUCGGUUGCCAACAAAACUGAAACCAAAGAACUGGGUGCUGCCGGAAUUGCCGUGACAGUGCUCUGUGUGGUGGUGGCACUUGGUAUGAUUGGAACCGCCUUGCUGGUCCUGCAGAGGCGUUGGCGUCUACAUGCCGAAACACACACCAUUGAACCGACCAAAUCGUCCGAUGGACAGUUGCAGGAUGCCGAUGGAGCCAAUUUGGCAGCCCCCACACAAUCGUUUGAGUCUGACCACAGUGAACUGCAGCCCAGUGAAAGUGCCGAAAUGGCAUAAAUAGAGAUGACCCCAAGCAAACAAACAAACAAGUCCCCAUUGGGCAUCAAUCUACUGAUUCCACGCUGCAUUCUGGUGAUGAAAGCUAGUAUUGCAAACUAGUCUAACUACAAAGUCAGGGAUGUUGGCGGACUGCACUGUGCACAGAGAAGGCACAAAACUUUUGGUGGUGGUAGUCUAAUGGCAAGGAACAAGGAAGGAUACACUCUCGUCUUUUUAAGGCUCGGCGCACUCUAAUAUCUCAUUUGUAAGCACCUUGACAAGUUUUAAAACU